GGCUCCCCCAGACGGGGCCUCAGCCCCAGUUCGGGCCAGAGGCAGAGAGGGGACCCAUCCCGCCAGCGGUCCAGAAAUGGGCUCAAAGCUCGCAUCGUGCCCCGGGCAAAGGAGCCGAAUGGCAGAGGGAGAAUGAUAGGACCAAAUGUCUGUGGGAGACAGUGUUGCUCAGGAUGGACAACGGCUCCAGGCACAAACCGGUGCAUCAAACCUGUCUGCGACCCUCCAUGUCAGAACAAGGGCUCCUGCAGUCGGCCCCAAGUCUGUAUCUGUCGUUCCGGCUUCCAGGGAUCCAGGUGUGAAGAAAUUGUUCCUGAGCAAGAAUAUUAUCCCCCUGGUGCUGCUGCCGCUUUCCAGCCCCCUGCAAGUUCUUUCCGGAGGAGGACCAGCACUGCAGAGAGAGAAGCUUCCCUGAGAGUGGCUCAGGCACUCGUCCCACGGCACUCACCGUCUGAGUCUCAGAGCAGAAUUGGCUCUCCUGUCUCCCCACAGCACACAGGUCCUUCACGGACUGUCCGGCGCUACCCAGACAGCAAUGGUCACCUUGUGUCUAAUACACUUCCCGGUGGGAAUGGCUAUGAACAGAGCAGCUCUGGACCACAGGCAGUUUCCCCAGAGCACACAUUGUCUGCAAGGGGAGCCAACCUGACAGAGAAGAUUAGGAAAAUAAAGAUUGUCUUCACACCCACCAUCUGCAAGCAGACUUGCCGGAGUGGGCGCUGCUACAACAGCUGCGAGAAGGGAGACACCACCACUCUUUACAGCCAAGGGGGGCACAACCAUGAUCCCAAGUCUGGCUUCCGCAUCUAUUUCUGCCAGAUUCCCUGCUUGAAUGGAGGACGUUGUGUAGGCCGGGAUGAAUGCUGGUGCCCCUCUAAUUCCACGGGGAAGUUUUGUCACCUGCCAGCUUCCACUCUGGAAAAGAAGCAAGCAGGAAGAGUGCCAAACACCAUGGCCAGCAGCUCCAUGAAGCACUCCACAUACACACUGCCCCUGUCCAACCAGCUGGCUUCCUUAAACCCUUCCUUGGUGAACGUCCACAUCAACCACCCUCCAGAAGCUACUGUGCAGAUUCAUCAGGUGGCCAGGGUGCGGGGCGACUCAGAGCUGUCAGAGGAGAACAGUGUGGAGGCAGUGGUGGUACCUCCACUGGCUGCAGUGCCGUGGUACACCUACACCAAUGGGAACGGCAACAACAUCGGCACAGAAAGCAAACAGCAGCAGAGACCUCCAGAUGUGAUGGGGAGGUGCUUUCGGGAGGCUCUUCAUGGACAGUGCGCUAACCCUCUACCAGGGCUGACCAAGCUGGAGGAUUGUUGUGGCAGUGUGGGGCUCUUCUGGGGUGUGGACAGGUGCCUAGCCUGCCCACCUCGACCAGCACACCCUGUGAUAGAGAAUGGACAUGUGGAGUGUCCCCAGGGAUAUAAGAGGCUGAAUAGGAGCCACUGUCAAGAUAUCAAUGAAUGCCUGAUACAGGGGUUGUGCAAGGAUGCUGAGUGUGUGAACACCCGUGGUAGCUUCCGCUGCACCUGCAAACCUGGCACCAUGCUGGACCCAUCCCGCAGCCACUGUAUCUCGGACAAGGCAGUGUCCAUGGAGCAGGGACUGUGUUACCGCUCAGUGGCCGGAGGUGUGUGCUCCUUCCCCCUCUCCCAUCGAAUCACCCAGCAGAUCUGCUGCUGCAGCCGUGUUGGCAAGGGCUGGGGGAAGAACUGUGACAAGUGCCCCAUGCCUGGUUCAGAAGGCUUCAAGGAGAUUUGCCCAGCAGGACAUGGCUACACCUACUCUAGCUCUGAUAUCCGCCUGUCCAUGAGAAAGGCAGAGGCAGAAGAGCUACCUCUCAGUUUGGAAGAGCAAAGGCAAAGCCACAACUGGACAUUAGAUUGGGCAGGAAGAAGACAGCAACUGCAGGACAGCUUGCAUGGGAGCGUCAUGGAGACAUUCCUCCAUCCUGACACCUCAGCAGGAGAAGGUGAAGUUUCUCCUACUGGGCAGGGCCCUGCUGAGGCCACCCCAGAGCCUGCCACACACACUGAGAAGGAAGAGCCCCCACAUGGACCACGGAGACAGCAACCUUGGACUUCUUGCUCCCUUGCAGUGCUGCCGCCAACCUCAUGCUUUCUCCAUCCAGGGACCAGUGGCUGUGCCUCUUCACCUCUCUCCUGUGGAGCAGGUGCUUGUGUGCUCACCCUGGAUGGAUACAGAUGCUUGUGCCACCCGGGCUUUCACUUGCACCCUCGCCGCCUCACCUGCGUUGAUGAAGAUGAAUGCCUGAAGGAUCCUUGUGCUGGAAAAGGCCACUGUAUCAAUAAUGUGGGUUCCUAUGUGUGCCUCUGCUACUCUGGGUACACCUUGAUCGUCUCAGAGAACAAGCAGACCUGUCAGGAUCAGGAUGAAUGUGACCAGCCCUCUGCAUGCCCCGGGCAGAAAUGCAUCAACACUCCUGGCUCAUACCGAUGCGAGUGCAAGGAGGGCUUUGUCAUGAACCCCAGAGGACAGUGCGAAGAUAUCAAUGAGUGUGUGGAUCCCAGCCCUUGCCCCAGUGGGAAGUGUAUCAAUACCCUAGGAUCCUACAAGUGUGUCAGCUGUCCAGAUGGUUAUCGGGCCAGGAACGGGAGAUGCACUGAUGUGGAUGAGUGCCUUGUGGAGGGGACCUGUGCUCAUGGACACUGUGUCAACCUGGACGGCUCCUUCCGUUGUUCCUGCUACCAGGGCUACGAGGUGGUGCCUGAUGAGAAGAGUUGCCAAGACAUCAACGAGUGUACAGCAGUGGCUACCUGUCCCUCUGGACUGUGCCUCAACACCGAGGGCUCCUACUCCUGCGUGACUUGUGAUUCUGGCUAUGUCGUCUCCAGCGAUGGCAGCACAUGUAAAGAUGUGGACGAGUGUGAAGAUCCUGCUGUUCGGUGUGUGGGGGGAGAGUGCAGGAAUACUCCAGGCUCCUAUGAGUGCCACUGCCAGACUGGCUUUGAGCUCAUCAACAGCACCAUGUGUGAAGAUGUGAAUGAGUGCCUGAACAGUGAGAUCUGCAGCCCCAAUGGUGAGUGUCUCAACAGCCAUGGAUCCUACUUCUGCAUUUGUGCUUCUGGCUUCUCAAGUGCGGCUGGUGGAGUCAGCUGCCAAGAGGUGGAUGAAUGCGCAGACAAGUCCCGGUGCUUGCAAGGCCAGUGCCUGAACACAGAAGGCUCCUACAGGUGUCUGUGUGAGAAUGGUUUCAAGCACUCCCAGGAGACUGAUGACUGCAUAGACGUGGAUGAGUGUGAAGAAUAUGGGGAUGCCAUCUGUGGUGCAUGGAGGUGCCAGAACAGCCUGGGCUCCUACCGUUGUAUCAUGGGCUGCCAGCCUGGUUUCCACUGGACCCCUCUGGGUGACUGCAUUGACAUAGAUGAGUGUGCCAAUGAGACUCUCUGUGGGAGCCACGGCUUCUGUGAGAACUCAGAUGGCUCCUUCCGCUGCCUCUGUGAUCGUGGCUACGAGAGCUCACCCUCCGGGCACUACUGCAUUGAUGUGAAUGAGUGUGAGCUGAUGGUCGCUGUGUGCGGGACUGCACUCUGCGAGAACGUGGAGGGAUCAUUCCUGUGCCUGUGCCCCAGUGACCAUGAAGAGUACAACACAGAGGCCGGAGAGUGCCAGCCACGAGCAGCCAUGGAGGGCCCCGAGAGACGGACAGAGCAUGUCCCUGGCAGCAUGGAGCGCAAGCAGUGUUACUACCACAUCAGUGAUGUUAGCCUGUGUGAUAGUGUCCUGGCCAAGAACGUCACCAAAGAAGAGUGCUGCUGUACUGUGGGGGCGGCCUGGGGUGACAACUGUGAGACUUACCCCUGCCCCGUCUUGGGCACAGUGGAGUAUGACGAGAUCUGCCCUCUUGGGAAGGGUUAUGUUCCCCAGAAAGACUUGCUCUCUGGAGAAGUCUCUUUCACAGAUAUGGAUGAAUGUGAAAUAUUCGGCUCUGAAUUCUGCCGCAACGGACAGUGUUUGAACACGGUGCCAGGCUACAAGUGCUUUUGCCGAACAGGCUACUUCUAUGACUCUAGCAGGCUUGAGUGUGUUGAUCAGGAUGAGUGUCAGAAUGAAGUGUACUGCAUCAAUGGAGAGUGUCUGAACACAGUUGGCUCCUACCACUGCUUCUGCAGCCUCCCCCUUGUGCUGGAUGCAACCGGCAAUCGCUGCGUGAACCUCUCUAGCCAGGCAGAUGGCCUGGACGAGUACGAAAUCCACUUGGAUGUGUGCUGGCAGACAGUCUCUGACUACAUCUGCCAAGACCUGCUGCAUGGGGAGCAGACCACGUACACCGAAUGCUGCUGCCGGCUUGGUGAAGCCUGGGGUCAGAACUGCGCGCUCUGCCCACACAGGUCAUCUGCUGAUUUUUCUUUCCUGUGCAACGGGGCCAGUGAAGACAGUGAGAGAGAGGCUGAUCUCCGAGAAAGGCCUAGGUAUGAGUAUGGACCGAGUUUGGAGGAUUCACACUAUGGCCUUACCAGUCCAGAUAUGGGACCCUAUUACAACUACCUGGAGUCUGAGUAUGCAAACCCUGAUGCCAGUUUCCCUCGGAGAGAACCCAACAGUGAAUUUCGUGGCAGCCCUUUUCACCAUGGCCCAGUCCAACCCCUGCCACGCUACCUGCCCAGCCAAACCGGCCGCUAUGAGGGCUUCGAGGGGCUGCAGGCUGAAGAGUGUGGGAUUCUCAAUGGCUGUGAGAACGGACGUUGUGUGCGCGUCAGGGAGGGCUACACCUGUGACUGCUUUGAUGGCUUCCACCUGGACAUGACCCGCAUGGCCUGCGUGGACGUUAAUGAGUGCGAGGAGGUCAGCAACCCGGAGCCUCUGUGCCAUGGUGGCACAUGCGAGAACACGGAGGGCUCCUACCGCUGCCGCUGCUUUCCGGGCUACGUGGCCCUGGCCCAGCCCCACCACUGUGUGCCCCAGACCGCCCAGAGGCCAGCGGCAGCGUAGCUCUUGGAGAGCUGCAGGUGAGGGUGCUCCCUUUGGCACUCUGCUCGUGGACCUGGGACCUGGCAGCACAGAGAA